UGCGUCGUCCCCGAACGCCCACACUGCGACACCUCUCUCUAUCCUUCCCCAUUCCUCUUCCUCCCACUCCUCUUCCUCUUCCACCCACGCCCGACCAGUCCCAUCCGCCGUCGCGCGCUCCCGAUCCGGAGGAGCAGAUCAUCCCACGCCCGAGCCCGCUGAACCCAGCCUAGCUCCCGCGCCCACCGCCCCUGUGCAGGUCCGCCUCUUCAGAGAUCCACAUCGUGCCGCCGCCAGUUCAGGAUCCAACCUCAGCGCCUCCUGGCUAGGCUUGAGGAACGAAUGCCGGGAGAGCCUUCGCCACGCCGGUGGUAGCGGCGGCGAGGCCAACGCGCCGACAACUACUGUUCAAGGGGGCAUGCAGGAUGUGCUUCCGCAUCACCCUCUCCUCCACUCCAAGACGGCGGCCUCGGACGGGGCAGGAAUUGGAUAACACGUCCACCACCUGAUCGAGCGCAACCGCAACAGAGGAACGCCACCUCUGCCUCGUCGUGCAGGAGAUGCUUCACUAGGGCCGAAGUCAAUGUGUCGGAGCAGGUGCUUCGGGGCGGCUGGGUUUGUCUACAGGUCUGUCCUUUUUGUGUUGAAUUUGAGCACAACUAGUCUGGUUUUGUUUUAGCCUCAUUUGUCUUGAGAUGAACAAAUUCACAUAUAUAUUUCCAGUGUGAUGCGAGGCACAUGUUAAUUCAGUUACACGUAGUCUUUGAUUUAUUUGUACUUUGUUUAGCAUUCAGGUAUGUUUGUUUGUUUGAAAUAUUUGAAAAUUUGUGCCAAGGUGCCCAUAUAAGUGCUGAUUAUUCAGUAAGUCAAUAGACAAGAAAUUGCAUACCUUGUUUUUUGAUGAUGAUGGAAGUGAUAAUUUUGGUGUUCUCCCUCCUGCUGUUUUUACAUAUACUUGUAUGUUCAAUUCAUAAUUCAUGUCAUGCCAAACUUAGUUGCCAUGGCAAAUUCAUGUCAUGUUUUAGCGUUGUCGACAUACUUAGUUGCCAUGGAAAAUUCAUGUUAUGUUUUAGCAUUGGAGAGAUACUUAGUUGCCAUGUCGUUCAUGUCAUGUUUUAGCAUUGGAGACAUACUUAGUUGCCAUGUCAAGUUCAUGUCAUCUUUUAGCAUUGGAGACAUACUUAGUUGGCAUGGCAAAUUCAUGUCAUGUUUGUUUUCCAAACAUGGCAAGUUUACAUUUUUUUUUCCAUAAUGUUCACAUGCGCAUCCAGUUUAUCUUUUUGGUUUUCAGGGGCGUAUUGUGUUUUGAAUUUGGACCAUAGCAGAAACUUUUUGUAGUCACCAUGAUCUUUCUAUUAUAGAUUUCAUGGCAAAUUUACUAUUUACAUACAUGGCAAAAAAUUCCCUUUAAAUACUUGGCAAAUUUACUAUUUACAUACAUGACAAAUUUUACUCUAUUUUUGCCAUGUCAAAAUUUUACUUUAUUUUGCCAUGGCAAAUUUUUACCUUCAUUUCCCAUGGCAACUUUACUUUUAGAUACAUGGCAAAUUUACUAGAACACACAUGGCAAUUUUUACUCCACUUUGCCAUGAUAAAAUUUUACUUUAUUUAUUGCCAUGGCAACUUUUUUCCUUUCAUUGCCAUGGCAAAUUUUACUUUAUUUUUUGCCAUGCCAAAUUUCACUUUAUUUUGGCAUGGAAUUUUUUUUUUACCUUUAUUGCCAUGGCAACUUUACUUUUGAAUACAUGGUAAAUUUACUUGAACAUACAUGGCAAUUUAAUUUUUACUCUACUUUUCCAUGAUAAAAUUAUUAUUUCUUUGCCAUGGCAACUUUUUACCUUUCAUUGCCAUGUCAAAUUUAUUUACAUACAUGGCAUAUUUUACUCUAUUUUUUGCCAUGCCAAAUUUCACUUUAUUUUUCAUGACAAAAUUUUACCUUCAUUGCCAUGGCAACUUUACUUUUAAAUACACGACAAUUUUUACUUGAACGCACAUGGAACACUUUUUUUUGUGUUUGUACAUGUUGGCAAUUGUUAAUCCACAUUUCUUGCCACCAUGCACACAAUGCGAAUUUGUCAUGAUUUUUUAUUUUGGUCCAUUUGCAAAAGCAACAACAAAAAUGACCCAGGCAAAUUUUGCUUUUUCUUUUAAAUUAUGCUUUUCUACCAUAUUCUGUUUUACAUGAAACAAUGUUAACUUUUCAGAUCAAACUAAAUUUUCCUGUGUGUUUUUAAGUUCUGGCAUUUUUCUUAGUUUCAUAAUUAUUAUGGUCUACUCGUAUCGACAUGGCUAAAAGCACAAUCUGUUAAUUUUUUGCAUCCUGAUUUUUGAUAAUGAUGGCUGUUUAGAACACACACUAUGGCAAUUUUCUUUCCUUUUUUGCCAUUCAAAAUCAUGUUUCAUGGUUCAGUUUUUCAAUUCUUGAUAGCAGUCAGUAAGAAACAUUGGUUUUUUUUUUUUCUGUCAUAAACAAUGGCGUUGUUAAGAUGGGAGGCCCAUUCAGGAAAGGCAUGUGUGCUUCGUGUGGUUGCGCGUUGGGGGGUUCUUCUGUUUGUUACUGGGCUUGUUUUCAUUUUCACGGGGACAAGGCCCAUAGGAGCGUUUUUGGGGGUUCGGGCUGUGGCUGUUUUGUAUCGAACGGAAUCGUUCUGCCUGAGAGAGCGCUCCUACCGAACCUUUCAUUCGGUGCGGGAGGUCCCCAGACCGAACGGUCGGUACUUAUCGAGGUCCAUUAGCUAAAGUCAAUCGCCUGUCGUUUAGUUAAUGUGUUCUUGAAACUGAUUCCGAGUAUCACGUGGAUUUAGUCGCGGCAUAAUUGUGCGUACUCGUGCUGGAUUGAGGGGCACGGCACCGACUCGGCAUCGGUCGGCCCACGCCCCGUCACGUGCGCGCCUAUAUAAAGUGACACACGACGGGGAUUUACCGAUCGCAUCGGCGGGUGACACGCGCGCGCGACAGAUAACAACGUCCGUGGGAUCGUAGCCGCAAGCAGGCGCACAUCCAUGGCAACGGCGUCGUCAUUGCCGUGCCUCGUCUUCGGGCACAGCGGCGACCAACACACCACCACGUUGUAUAGUGUUUCGGAUGGCGCACGUCGCCCUUGCGAGGAGAUGGAGGAGGUGCUGCGCGGCAAGCGGAGCUGGGUGACAUCGCGCGGCUGGCUGCUCCUCUGGGACCCGGCGACGCUCGCCACCUUCCUGUGGAACCCGCGGGCCGCCGCCUCUGAUGGCGACAAGAUCGCGCUGCUGCCGUGGGCUUCGCCGCCGGCGUCAGGCACCGACUGCGCGCUGUCCGGUGAGCCCACGGACCCCGGCGGCUGCACGGUGGUCGUUCUCGAGCGGUAUAGAUCGGGCUUGGAUGAAACGGCCAUGUGGUACUGCCACGCCGUCGCCGUGGGCCAGGUACGUGUACGACCUGGGCGGCGUGCGGACCCCGUGGGGCAAAUUCGCGAAGCGGUUCGUGUCUGGCCUCGCGGCGUGCGGCGGCAAGUUCUAUUGGUCGGUCAGGGCGGCUGAGUACGGCGUGCUCGAGUUCUCACCGGAGCCGACCUUGACAACCAUGAUGAUGAAGGAGGCGAUCGAGGUCAUCGUCCCGCCUGGGGAGGAGUACGCGCAGGCGUUCGCCUACUCGCUGGACCUUGAUGGCGAGGUGCAUAUGGUGUGGAUCUUCACCUCCGCCCAAACCGGAGCCAUAGUUGACAUCGCCGUCUACAUGGUGGAUCUCGAGGGCAAGAGGUUUAUCAGGGUGGACAGCAUCGGCGACCGGGCCAUCCUCGCCGGCGGCUUGAGCUAUGCUUUCGCAGGCUGGUGCCCGGCCAACGAGUUUGGGCUGCUGCCCAACAGCGUGUACUGGAUACACCCCUAUGAUGGCCGCAUGUGCGUGUACGAAGUUGGAUUCAAUACGGAAGAAGUACGCGAGCUCGGUGAGGUUGCCCGGGAGUCACCGCCGUUCUGGAUAGUUCCCGCACACCCAUGAGCUAAUGUUGUUAAGAUUAUGUUAUGCCAGUUUUUCUUCUCCGUCAGUAAUUUGGAGAAGAUGAUGAGUAUUUUCUUUGACAUUGUCUGCAACUAUGACUUUCCGACCGUUACUACUACAAACUCAUGGUAAACUUUUAACAAUGACGGAAUCUCACGAGAUUGGUGAUGAAGAAAGAGCGUUUUGAUACGGUUAAAGAUUUUGAUGUAAUAUCUUCUAUGAAGUAUGUUGUAGGUGUUAUUAUCUGUAAUUGAUGUUUAUGUUUUAUACUACUCCCUCCGUUCCUAAGUAUUUGUCUUUAUAGAGAUUUCAAUAAGUGACUAUAUACGGAGCAAUAUCACU